AACAAACACAAGCCCUGGAUUGAGACAUCAUACCAUGGAAUCAUAACUGAAAACAAUGACACUGUAAUUUUGGAUCCUCCCCUUGUUGCUUUGGACAAAGAUGCACCCGUUCCCUUUGCAGGUGAAAUCUGUGCUUUUAAAAUCCAUGGACAAGAAAUGCCCUUUGAAGCUGUUGUGCUAAACAAGACAUCUGGAGAAGGCCGUCUUCGAGCAAAAAGUCCUAUUGACUGUGAACUGCAGAAGGAAUAUACAUUCAUCAUCCAGGCCUACGAUUGUGGAUCAGGACCAGGUGGAACAAACUGGAAGAAAUCUCACAAGGCAGUGGUCCAUAUCCAGGUAAAGGAUGUCAAUGAGUUUUCACCAGCUUUCAAGGAGAGUGUGUAUAAGGCCACCGUGACAGAGGGAAAGAUCUAUGACAGCAUACUGCAGGUAGAAGCCAUCGACGAGGACUGUUCCCCACAGUACAGCCAGAUCUGCAAUUAUGAAAUUGUCACAACUGAUGUUCCUUUCGCUAUCGACAGAAACGGUAACAUCAGAAACACUGAGAAACUGAACUAUGAUAAACAGCACCAGUAUGAGAUAAUGGUAACAGCUUUUGACUGUGGGCAAAAACAUGCAACGGAAGACGUCUUAGUACGAGUUAAUGUCAAACCAGUGUGCAAACCAGGCUGGCAAGACUGGAACAAACGGAUUGAAUACAAGCCGGGAUCUGGCAGCAUACCUUUGUUUCCCAGCAUUCGUCUAGAAACGUGUGAUGGGCCAGUUUCCUCAAUACAUACCACGAUUGAAUUACAGACCAAUUACAUUGGAAAGGGCUGUGAUCGUGAAACAUACUCAGAAAAAUCUCUGCAGAAAUUAUGUGGAGCUUCCUCAGGUGCCAUUGACCUGUUACCAUCUCCCAGUGCAACAACGAACUGGACAGCUGGGCUUCUCAUGGAUAACAAUGACAUGAUUUUUAAAUUUGAUGGAAAGCAAGGAGCCAAAAUCCCAGAUGGAAUAGUCCCAAAGAAUUUAACUGAUCAGUUCACCAUCACUCUUUGGAUGAAACAUGGACCUAGUCCGGGAUUAAGAGCUGAGAAAGAGACUAUUCUCUGCAACUCUGACAAGACCGAGAUGAACCGCCAUCACUACGCCCUGUACGUGCACAACUGCCGCCUGGUAUUUCUGUUGCGCAAAGACUUUGACCAGGCUGACACCUUCCGUCCUGCGGAGUUCCACUGGAAACUGGAUCAGAUUUGUGAUAAAGAAUGGCAUUACUACGUUGUCAAUGUUGAGUUUCCUGUGGUCACCUUAUACAUGGAUGGAACAACGUAUGAACCUUACCUGGUGACCAAUGACUGGCCAAUCCACCCCUCACACAUCGCCAUGCAGCUCACGGUUGGCGCUUGUUGGCAAGGAGGAGAAGUCACCAAGCCCAGAUUCGCUCAGUAUUUCCAUGGCAGCUUGGCCAGUCUCACUAUCCGGCCAGGCAAAAUUGAGAGUCAGAAAGUGAUUUCCUGUUUGCAGGCCUGCAAGGAAGGGCUGGAUAUUAAUUCUCUUGAGAGUCUUGGCCAAGGAAUAAAGUAUCACUUCAACCCUUCCCAGUCAGUCCUUGUCAUGGAAGGAGAUGACAUUGAGAAUAUAAAUCAAGCUCUCCGAAAGGUCUCAUACAUCAACUCCAGACAGUUUCCUACUGCAGGUGUACGACGUCUCAAAGUCUCAUCUAAAGUCCAAUGUUUUGGUGAAGAUGUCUGCAUUAGUAUCCCAGAUAUAGAUGCGUAUGUAAUGGUGUUUCAGGCCAAUGAGCCCAAGAUUACAAUAAGUGGGAUGGACCACUUUGCUAGACCAGCUGAACAAUUUGAAAGAGGUGUUAUUUUGUUACCUGACAUCAGGAUUGUCAGCACAGUAACCAAAAUGGAGCAUCCAGUGGACUCAAAAGAACAUGACAGAGCCAAUAAGCCAGUGGUAUUAGAGGAAAUGCUCCACAACUUGGAUUUCUGUGAUGUUUUGGUCAUUGGCGCAGAACUAGAUCCUGAACAAGAGUGUUUAGAACUAGAUCAUGUGGAGCUUCAAGGAAAACAUCUAGAUGCCACAAAUUCCACAGCAGGAUAUUCAAUUUAUGGUGUGGACAGCAUGCACAACUACGAACAAGUUCUUCGGCAGAUUCGGUAUCGGAACUGGUACACCUCUGCCACCUUUGACAGGAAGUUCAGAGUCAAGUGCUCAGAGCUGAAUGGACGCUACACCAGCAAUGAAUUUGACUUGGAGGUUAAUAUUCUACACAGCUCCAACUCCAACUUCAUGGACCAGGUAAAUCAUAUGAUAGUAGAACCGCAAUUUCUCCAAUCUGUCCACCACCCAGAGGAAAGCAGAAGUGCUGUUCACAACUCAGUUGUUCCCAGUGUGGCUACUGUUGUUAUCAUAAUCUGUGUGAGCAUUCUCAUUUUCAUCGUAACCUUGGGGGUCUAUCGAAUUCGGACAGCUCAUCAGCGCAGCCCCGGAGACAACGACGGAAGUAAAGAAAAUGAAAUGGAUUGGGAUGACUCUGCUCUGACUAUUACCGUCAACCCCAUGGAGAAAUAUGAAAAGCCUCACCAGACAGAAGAGGAGAGUGAGGAAGAAGACAUAGAAGAUGAAGAUGAAGACACAACCAGUGCUGAAUCAGAUGAAAGUGAAGAAGAGGAGGAGGAGGAGGAGGAGGAGGAGGAGGAGGAGGAGGAGGAGGAGGAGGAAGAGGAAGUGAUUGUCCAAAAGGGAGACAAACAGAAUGUCACCAGGCAAGAGCAGUUGGAGUGGGAUGAUUCAACCCUCCCGUACUAACAGCCCUUCAGCCACAUUGCUCUUUUGUAACAACCAAUACAAUGCUUUUUCAGAGUCUAUGAAUUCAUUGACAGGAUUUGAACUUCUGCUUGCCUAUAGCUCUUUUGCCUAAAAUGACCUUGUUGUACGAAUUGAUAAUGAUAGAACUGACCCUUUUCUUACAAAGCCUGGAGAAGACAUGGUACAAACAUACUGGCAUCACCAGUGCUAGAGUAAUCUAGAACUUGAUCUGUUAGCAAGCAUAGUUCUCCAUUUCCUGUUUCUCUACCACAGAUAGGUGACAAAAGUCCUGUCACUCAAUCCAUAGAGGGUUUUUGCCUUUGCUAUUUUUUUCAUACAGGAGAGAUUUCAGCUUGUUAUGGAGAAUUACUUGUGUGGGUCUAAAUAACAGUUGCCAUUUGACUUCACACUCUUACAGGUGUAAAAUAUAAUCCACCUUCAAAUUGGGGCAGUUUUAGUGCUACAGGUGACAGAGACUGAAUUCCAUUUGUCGUCUUGUCCUGCCUUCUUGGAUGUUAACUGUCUUCUACAAGGAAUAUCUAGGACUUGGCACAGGAUGCAUGUGUGCCUGUAUAGAAGUGGACAGUGUAUUUUUCAGGCAUGCUGUCAGAACCCUUGGGAUUUUAUCCAACCCACCCGUAGAAACUUAAGAGAGUUUAAAAAAAAAAACCAGCAACAAUAAGGGGCUGCUGCAGAUUACAAAAAAGACCCCAAAAUCAUUCUGUGUCCAGAGACUGAGUAAUAGGAUCUUAUGCAAACUGUAAAUUCUAAUGGGAUUGAUUUACUGAAAACCUGUAGAGCUUCUCAUUAGUUAUGGAUUGAGCAAUUUGCAGCAAAUCGAUGUUUUAAACUGUCUGUCUUGUAAAAUCAUUACCUUACUGCAGUACCUUACUGAGGUAGUGGAAAAUAAGUGACUCCAUUAUUCCAUAGCUAUGUACGGUUGGAUUUAAACAAUGAUUUUACAUGAGGAAAAUGUCCCCUUUUGCUUUAGUGAUUGCCAGCUGGAAUUCCUGUCUGACUGUAUUCUAUAAAACAUUAUGCCCUAUUUCUUCUGUACCCUUACCCACCUAUGAGUGGCACAAGAGAAAAUGGCAACAUACAGAACUGUCAGCUCUCUUUUGUGCUUAUAAUUCUCCCUUAUUUCUUCUUCCUGAAGCCAUUAAUGUUGAGGAAAGGUUUUAUAAAGUAGAACAAGAACAAAUAAAACCUACCUGGAACCAAAAGAAGUGAAAACAAAAACAAAACUCUUAGAGGCUGAGAGAGUAUUUUAGUUUGUUAUGGUAACACAGCAUAUUUUUCUUAAACACUGUUUAAAAAGAAAAAAAAAAAAAGAAAAGCUACAUACAACGUGUUGAUAAGUCUGUGUGGUGUGGGUUUUUUUGUCCCCUCCCCUCAAUUACCUUUGCAUCUUCAAAUGCUCUGCAUACCAAAUGAUGCAGCACUUGCUAGGAUAACUGCUCUAAUGCAUAAGAAACCAAAAUGGCAUGGAAGUGAAUGCUGCCUAGUGGCUUCUCUGUUUUCUUUCUAAGUACUUCCUUUUCUUUACCAUUUCAUCAUUGACUUUAGCUUUUGUAAUUUGCUGUUUAAAAUUAUCUGCUUCCUCUUCUCCUCUCUCCCAGAAAAACAAGCAGUCUUCCUGAGCACCCAUAAAUGUUAGUUGAUAUUGCAAAGAAAAGAGUAAAUUCAGCCACCUGGAGAUUAUCCAUCUCCCUCAACACUAAAUUAUUAGCAGCUCCUGAACAUCUUGGAAUAUAGAGAAUAUAUUGUGGUUUGGGGGGGUUCUUUUAAUUCCAGUUUCUGCAACAGAUAGUUGCGGGGAAAGAUUUACAGCAACUAGAUCUUGUCAUUUAAUAACUAGAAAAUAAAUGAAAAAACCUCUAAAUUCUUUUUUAAAUUAGAGAUCUUCAUGCUCUUCUUUGUUGUGCCAAUAAUUGUGUUGGCAUAUGAUUGUUAAGACUGGCACUAAAAAAGUUUUCUUAUGUGAGCAGUUGUGUUUUAUUUCUAUUUUGGUCUCACAUGUAUUGAACAUACAAGAAUAUUUGCAGAAUCAAGCCCACAUAAAUGCAGUUUAGCUGCAAGAAUAAAGAUUGUAAAAUUGCCAAAAAAAUUCUGUUCAAUAAAAAAUUAGUUUUAAAAUUUCUGAAUAUCUUUAACAUAAAUUUUGUUAGAUCAUUUCCUAGCAUCUUACUAUCCUAAAUAACAAAAUAUUUUUUGUUAGUGACAUGAAGCAGGCUCUUCAUGAUGAUUGUUAUCAGCACAUAUCAGCAAAGCUUUCUGCUCAGAAAAAAAUAGAUUUAAAAUUAAAAGUAGAUAUUUAAAAGGCAAUUUAAGAUUUAAAACUGGACUUAAAUUAUUUUUAAAGUUUUUUGUUAUUCCUGAUUAUUAUUAUUUCUGUUAUUACAGCAAACAUUAGGGCAACUUGAAAACAGCAAUUUACAACCUUAUUGACAGCCUUCAAUUCUUUUAUAUGUUCAUGUCUUCAUCAGUGUGUUUCUCCAUCUAAUAGAUUUUUAUCUUUUUGUUACUGGAAGCAAAUCUUUUCAGGUUGUACUGGUACACUACACAAGAAGCAAACAAAGUAUUUUCUCUACUGUAAAUAAACCUACAUUUUUAAACCUAAGCAAAGUAAUACAGGCACGUGUGUUAUCGCUAAAAUUUGGUUUGCAACAAGAUAUUCAGCAAACUAAAAUGUAUCACUGUACUUAUUUUAGAUUACUCAUUGGAGCGUGUUAUGCAGCAUUUUUCAUUCAAAUAAACAGAAAACUCCUUUUCACAAAAUGUUAGUGAGAAUGAGAUACUUCUUCACAAAAAAAAAAAAACCUUGGAAUUAGAAUAUUCAUGUAGAAGUUGACAGCAAUCGCUUCAUGAGCAAAAGCCUACUAGUAGAAUAACACAGAAAUACCGCUUUUUUGACAUAAUGUUAACAAUAUUUCUUCCCCUCCAUUAAUUAUUUUUUGAUGUAAACUACAUGCUUAAAACCAAACCAGAACAUAUACACAUAUGUUUGCAAAGGUGGCUUUUUCUGACAAGGCAGCCUUAAUACAUGACAUCAGGAGUCUGUCUAAAAUGCCAUCACAUCAAUGAAUGUCAGUCUUUAGAUUUUUUUAAAGUCUAAUCUAAGGCUGGGAAAAGCUGCAAGACCUACAAAUGCAAGUUCAAGAUGGUGAUACACUCUGUUAUCUGCAUUAAUAGAACUUACUAAGUUGCUUUUUGUGGUCAAUACCUCAGAUUUGUUUUUCAUGUCUAACUCCUCCACAGGUAUUUUAUCUUUGCAAGAAAACAUUAAAACAUUUACUGCAUUGGCUGAUACCAGUUCAAAUUACAAAUAGACGUGUAGAGUUCAUGACACCUUUAACACUAAUUAAAAUAAAAUGCUGUUAUUUGUUCAUUCAAACAGGCAAUAGUAUCCUGCAAUGCUGGCUCGACUGCUCUUGAACUGGUGAUGAUCUCCCUGGCUGAGGGCUAAUGGGAAGGUGCAGUUUAUUUCCCUUUCUGGGGUGUUGGUGCUGGGCUUGCUGCGAGCACAUGCAUCCUUCUUACUUCAUUCAGGAGAAAAGUAAGACUCAGAAAAGGUUAGAGGGUUAUAAAGUUCCUCGGGUGGGGAGGAAAUCCACUGUCUCCAUUGCAGGAGCUCUCCUUACCUGACCCUAAGCUGAAAAUAACAUCAUGGGACAUUAGUAGCCCCAGGUUAAGGACUGAUCAGAGGGUACUUCAGUAGCAGCCUUACCAUAGUUUGGCAACCCCUUUUGAGCCCUGCACCUAAUUUAUGUCUCAGUUGUCUCUUUCUUUGACCUAUAACCCAAGAGGCAGCUCUAAUGCUCUUACCUGGUGGGGAUGCCAGCAGGCUGGGACGUGACACUUCCUCUUCUGGAAGUUUUGGUGCCAGCACAUGCACCGGGAUGAAUACACCUCUGGAUGAUCCCUGUAGCUGCUGACCUUUACUUAUUAUCUGGAUAAGGCAAUUCUCAUACCCCAGUUGGGCAAAUCUAAGGGAGAGAGAGAAAUUAAAAAAAAAACAAAACAAAAAAAACUCCAUUCAUCUCCACCAUCAUCCAUGCUUAGGAGAAGAGGAGGCUGAGAGACUUUACUGAUGUGAUAAUGGGUAACAGUCUGCUAGGAUGGAUGCACGGAGCUGCUUCUGGUAUCCUGAAAUAUACAUUAAAAUACCAAAAUAAAGGAUGUUUGCAAAAGCAUAUGGAUACAUAGAGAGUGAGAAUAUCUCCAGGACUUCAAAAAAGCCUCUUCUUGCCUUAAUUCAGACAUGCUGACUAGAUUAAAUGGCUCAAUACCAGUAUAUCCCCACCAUGCAAUGCUUAUUGCAAAUGACAAUAAAACCUCAUAGUAAAAUACAAUUUACAUAUAAGCAAUUUCCAGGAAUCUAGCAAAGAUCUGCCAAAGGAGCCAAGUGCUAAAAAUCUUAAUGUCUGACAUCGUGGCUAACAUCUUAAUUUUUUUUCUUGGCAAAUUUGCUUCACCUCUCUGGUGUGUAGCUGUUUCCUGGAUGUAUACUGUGUACUACUUCUGUACUACUCUUAAAGAAACCAAUAGAUUAACAGUAAGAGAACAGCUCAUUUGGCAGAAAAACAUACAUGUCAUAGCUUGUGAAAACAGGUGUCUUAAACAUACUUUGGUAUUUGUUUUUGGAUGAAAUCCUGGUGCUGAAAAAGAAUCUGAAUGUCAGGAAUCCAAAUUUUGGACAAAUAUUGAGAGUUGCCAGACAGAAAUAACAGUGAUAUGAGCAGAAUUUUGCAAAAUCAUACACAAACCAAUAUAUUGCAUUGCAUAUAUUUAAUAAUUUACAUACAUAUAAAAUUUAAGUAAAAUCGUAUGUAUGUGUAUAUACAUGUAAAAUAUAUUAUCUGUAUUGAAAAUACACCUUGUGUUUGACUCCAGCAUUUCCAGGUAGUCUCAGAGCAACUCCAGAUAUGCUGUCUGAAUCCAUUCAGGUUCAUAGAAAAUGCUGGAUAAAAGUAUAUAGCAUCUGUACCCUUAAAAUGGGCCAAUUUACAGCUUUUUAGGAUCCCAGUCAGAUGCUACUCAUCUUGCUGGCUAGCUGGAAAUGGCCAAUGAGCUCUGAUUCUGCCCUGAUAAAAUUACUGAACAAAAAAAAGUUGAAAUAUCUGGGAGAACCUGGAUGUGCAGUAGCCUCAUCUUGAUGUUUCACUUACUUUUGACUUUAAGCCUUGGGAUGAAUACACCUCUGGAUGAUCCCUGUAGCUGCUGACCUUUACUUAGUAUCUGGUUAAGGCAAUUCUCAUACACCAGUUGGGCAAAUCUAAGGGAGAGAGAGAAAUUAAAAAAAAAAACAAAACAAAAAAAACUGUCAAAGCAAAAGUAAAAGCACCUUUGAAAUGAAUAAAAACAUUACUGUCAAUUGUACAUAAUGCUGAGCUAAAUAUGAUCUUCCUCAUGGUUCAACCAGUAUCACCAGCCAUAUAAUAGCAUUAGGUUUCUGCCUCUUCAGGAUUCGGUCAUGCCCCUGUCUCGCUGCCCACAGCCCACAAACCUCACACAGUACAAGUGCUGCUCCAAAUGGCCAUAAGACUGACAGCCACCCCUGGCCCUCAAAGAUUUAGAAGUUGCCAAAAAUCAUCAACACUCCCAUGCUUAUGUCCAAACUAUGCAACAGUUUCCAAUCGAAUAUAAACAUUUUCCAUAGCACCCAGGAGCAAGCAGUUAUCCUGUACAAUCUUUGUACAUUGGGUCUUUUAUUUUUUUUUUUUUUUUUUUUUAGAUAGCAGUGUGGGGCAUGUUGUAAGGUGAAAUGUAUCAGGUCCCUUAAUGCUGAAUGUUUCAGAUUUCCAGUGAAGGAGAUGACAGUCUCAGAUGAACCCACUAAAGAAAGUGUAUCCAGUGAUCAGAGUAUUUGCUUUAGCACUCGACUGUUUUGUUAUUUGUGUUUAGGUUUUUUUAGUUAGUCUCUACAGGAAUCCAGAUUUUUUUUCAUUAGUGUGGAAAAUAAAGACAAGUUUGAAAGAUGACCACAAAAGCUACAGCAGAGUAACAGAGUAAAACACACACUCUGUUAACACACCCAAUCCAAAGAAAUAUUUCUGCUAAAUCUGUCAGGUAAAUUACUCCAUCAAUAUGUCAGAAAGUAAUUAUACUUCAUUACCUUUGUAUAAGUAGUAAGAUACAAGCCUGGCGUGUAAUGGGUUUUUUUUCUGGGCUUCUCCCCGCCCCCCAAAGAAGACAGAAUCAUAAAAAUAGACAUUCAUAAUGCUCCAACAGAGCAAAGUGAAAGGGGAGCAAGAGCUUUCAUUUCAUAAAACUCUGUCUAACAAAGAUUAUAAAACAAUAAACAAUUCUCACCCAUAUUAUUGAAGCUUAACACAAGAAAAUGAAUCCAAGAGGUCUUGUAUGUUCAUAAUUUCAUUCCUGGUGAUGAAAAAACCGUUACCAGAUCAGGUCCCCGGCUUCCCAGGAGGCAUUUUGCUGCCUUUUGGAUGGAUAAGUAUCGACAGUGGUUCACUAGUUACAGUUUCCAUUUCUCUGCUUGUAAAUAGGAAUAAUGAUACUGAGCUCCUUUGCAGAGCACUGGGAGCCCUGGAGAUGGAAAGCACUGUCAAGGAGCUUGGUGGUGUUACGAUUCAGUAAUUCUGUUGCAGCUCUACUCACAGCCCUCCAUUGUGGAGCACCCUGUGCACAGGCAAAACGAAUGACACAAUGGUUACAGUCAAGAGCUCUGGGCUCCUGUUUCAUUAGUUAUCGCCUAGGAAGAAACACAAUAGUCUGAAACAUUACAAACAUUUAAAACAAAGUUUGGAGUUCAUUCCUAUUUUCAAUUCAUGUGGAAAUCGUGCAUUCAUCAGCUGUUGAAGCUACGGGGCCAUGUAUUGUCAGUAUUUAUGCCUCUGCUGAGGACAAAGAAGCAGAAGAAUUUUUUUUCCCAGCCAAGUACAUUGUAGGAUAAAAGAGUGCAGCUUUCACUAGGUGAGGUGCAUAAAGGCUGCCAAAUGCAAAGAGAAACUGUCACCAAAUGGGGGACAAAGGUUUUACAAUUGUAUUCUACCCUUAUACUUCAGAAACCCAGAAAAUUUCAUGGGAGUAAAAGGCCUUUCUGCUGCCCUAACUAUUCAUUUUGUAUAAAUCUGGAUACAGCUUGGGGUUUUCAGAGGCCUUUAACUUCCUCACUGGAUAUAAAGUUCAUUCAGCUUCCUGUUGGCAUGUUAACCCAUAAAGUAUUUUUUGGCAGAAAUUUUCAGGCUAUCUUAAGGAAGAAAACCACCCAAACAAAUUGUUAAAAUGAUAAUAUUUUUCCCUUUUCUUUCUACUCUGCCUAUAUAAACAGAUACCAAGGACUUGAUCAGAUAACCCUGAUCAAGUUUGUGACACAAAUGACAUUUCAAACCAGUACUGAAAUCAGCAACAAAUUCUUGUUUACAAUCUGCUUAAUGUGCACACAUAUAGAUGAGAAGGUGGAUGGUUGUUUUAUCUCAGCAUGUUCUUUGGAAUGUGGAAUGGAUCAAUUGCAGUCAGAUAUUUUAGAAAAUUGAAGUAUCAUUUAGGGAAGAGUGAAAGGGGAGGUAGGAAAGAAUAAUGCAUGAAUAACAGACAGAAAAGCAUUAAAGUUUCUAGUUGAUGUGAAAAAAGCUGGAAUUUAAUCAUCUAGAAAUGAGAGAUUAAAAGCUUGGCAAAUGGUAAGAAAAUGGAAACCUGUUCUUUUCAUGUCCAGAAAGGACAGCUGUCAGCUAUCAACAAGAAGGAAAAUGGGUAGAGGAUGUUGAAGGGUCUGAGAUGACCACGUGUGUAUAUGAGCACACACAUAAGUGUAUUUAUCCAAAAAAAUCACCUAAUCAUGCCCAGCACAGAGGUGGUGGUUGUAGUAAUGAACUAGAACCUUAAGUUACAGAGCACAGUUGCUGCUGUCUGUAGCUGCUUCAUUAGUUCCACUUACACCACCUCCAGCAGCGCUGGGAAGGGAGCAGGACCGUGACAAAUAUUGCUGGACUGUGCCUGCAUUAAAUAGGAACUGCUUUAGGGCCAAGGCAGGCCCACGGUGAUUUGGGCCAAAACGUCUUGUCUGUAGUGACUCAAAUUUAAUGGUACAGUUGCCAUUUAAAUUACAUUUUAAUUUGAGGUAAGAAACAGAACUUUUCUACACAAGACAACUGCGUUAAUUAGUUUCAGAGAUUUUCUACAACCAACAUACUCCAUGGAUUGGAUGAGGAACCGGGAACACCCAAGAAAGACUGUACUCCAUGUUGCAAAGGCCCUUAAGUAAACUUCUUGUAAUGAUCCAAUUUCCUAAGUGACCACAUAGUUAGGAAUCUUGAUUUUUGAAAAUACACAAGAUACAAAAAAUUUUCAAGGAUAACAAUCAUCCCUGCAAAAUUCUGAGACCUGAAGCUAUCUCCAUUUUGAAGCAUGUUUAUUGUUAGAUCUUCCACAAACUGAUCCAAAAAAUGUGAGGUACAUCUCAAAAGAUGAGGUUUUUUAUAUUCUGUUGUAAAUAACACACCACCAGAAUCUCGAGUAAGUACUUGAUGCUGGUUAACAGGCAGUUCUGUUCAAAGGGUCAUUGCAACAGGGAUGGUAAUACCUGAGUGGGUUAUCGCUUUGCAGAGUAAUACACACAAUGGUCAGGAUUCCUAAUAAUGGUUUCAUCUAAAUUUCAAUGUGUUUAGAAGUUGCUGCUAGACUCAUUAAAUCCUAGAAAUAAAGAUUAGUAGACAGGAAAAAAAAAGUAGUACAGGUAGAGUAUUAUGCUAACGGUGCCGAAUUGUUCCCUAGAAUAUAUUUUCUAGUGUUAGGGGUGGGGUGUUUCAACCUACUUAAAUGUUUCUAAGCCUGGGGCUUCUACUUCUUCCCUUGGGAGAUUAUUCUAGAGUCUAUUAGAAUUCACCAUUAGAAAGCUUUUCCUGAUAAUGAAUUUAAAUAAUCCUUUUUGUAAUUUUUAUCUCAUUAGUCCCAGUUAUACCCUUUUGCACCACCCUAAAUAAUUCCUCUAACCAUGAUUUAUAUCCUUUGAAUAUUUUUAGAUAGUUAUCAUGUUCGUUGCCUUUGGUGAUUGAUUAGAGAAACUAUGAAUCCUUCCCUCCUCCUUCCAAUUCACUCCUUCAGUCUCAUCUUUCCUUACCUUUUCAUGUAAUGUCAUUAAUAGACAAACUAAAAAAAAAAAAGGUAUUUCCUUAAAUUAGUCAUGGUCAGUUCAGUCAAAGUGCUUUGUGUUGGUGUGUGUGUCACUGCGUAGUUUGUCAAAGGUUAAACAAUAAAUUUAUAUUGAAACUUGAUUUUUUAAAAAGUCUUUGCUGUAAUCUAUGGAUAACUUCUGAUAUAAUAUGAAUUUUGCAGUGUCGCUAUGAUUAAACAAAGCCAACCAAUAAACAUUAGAGCCAAUCAAACAAUAACACAAGGUAGUAAUUUGUUAAAAUUUAGAUUGUCAUCAUUAAUUUGAAAACAGACAUUGUCAUUCAUGUGCCCAUGCUUUUAAGUGUCCCUACUAUUAGCAGUAACUAUUACCAAUUCAUUGCUUUAAGACAGAUUAGUAUAUGUUGUUUCUCCUCAAAUCUCAUUGGCCAAAUGCACCUAUUUUCUCAAACAAGUACUCAAGAUUUCUAGCCAUAUGUUAACUGCUGCAAAGAAAUAGAAUUGUGCCAGCUUUUCUGAGUACUGCCAUGCCUAACAUUAUAUUUCAAAUUUGCAGUGCAUUUAUGGUCUCUGACUGGCUGGAUGACUAUAUGGGUAGUUUUCAAGCAUAUUUCAAGGCAACCUCUGUUCUCUAGCUCAGAAGCCCAAAAGCACAGACAAACAGGAAGGAUGUACAAAGCCAUCUUGGGCCUUUUAAUUGAUGCAUUUCCUUCUACCCCAACCUUCUGUACCUGAGAGCCAAAACAGAACUGAAAUCCUUAUGCUCAAAGACCCACUGCAUCCCUAAGCCCUGAGUGAAAUAAAACCACCUUCCUCAUUUGCUCUAAAAGGAUUGAUUGUAGAAGAGAGAGCAGGCACACUAAGCCUUCCAGUGUUGACUUAAGGGUACUAUACACUUCCCUCAGCACAUCUCUGUCCCUCAGAGGUGUCAACUAGCAUUGUAAAAUAAUGCUGUAGGGAAUGACGAAUUGCUAUCAGAGGGUUUAAGUCACAUGAUAGAACAAAGAUGUGGCAUUGGCCAAUACAAUGGAUGAGGAAAAUUAGUGGAAAUCCCUUUCAAUUUGCUACAAAACUCCAUUUCAUUAUAGUUUCCUGUCCGCCUCUGCCCACCUUUCCAAAACCAGUCAUUGCAUGAAAAGUCUAAUAGAUGAGGUGGGGAGAUGAUUAAGCCUUGCAAGGUGAGGUUGCAAUGCAAAGGGAGAGGAAAAGAAGAGGAAUUCCUGAGCAAGGAACUGUAAAACACAAGUUAAGUUGUGAUGAGCAGGGGAGCAGAAUUCAGACAUUCACCCUGAAUAUUGCUGGAGUUCGGUGGGAGGGGUUGUUUCUAGUUAGAAUUAACCAUAUGGUUAUGAAAUAUAUGUUAUUGAGAGCGUAGGAUUUUGAAGAGCUGAGAAAUAAUCUCAUCACGCUGAAUCUAACAGCUCUGAUCUUUAAUUGACUGGGACAAUCCUAUUUUAUAUUUCAUCAUAGCUUGAAGUAAAAGCCAUGCUUCAUUUGCCUGCAAAAAUGUAGAACUUUUCACACACAGUUCACUUUUUCCCAGAUUUGCUUCCAUGUUGGUGCAUUAGUUCUCGUUGAGGAGCAGUACCUGCAGUUGGAUGUAUUUUAUAGCUUGGGAUUGCCUCCUAGCAGUCCAAUCUCUGUGUAGCUGUGGCCACUUCUCUUGCUAAUAAAAAAUAUGCCAGAUGGGAUUCAAAUAAACUUAUCCUGUAUGGUUGUGACCCCUUAAGUGUGUUUCAAAGCAACAGAUUCUUCAGUUCAGGAGAGAUGCUCAUUAUAUAAAAUAUCUUAAUGUAUAUGUGAAACAAUCAUAAAUCACAUCUUGAAAUGUCUUGUUGCAGAUGCUAAAUGCGUUUAUGAAAGUGUGAAUCUAUACAAUUUAUGCAGAAUGACGAAUUAAAUGACUAUAUGCAAUUAAAAAGGUGAAUUUGAACUGAAAAUGAUUUUUGAACACAGAUACAAAUCUGCUGUUUGGGUUUUUUUUUUAAAGACCUUUUCUUUAUGAAAAUGUACAGUAAAUUUUGACACAUAGUAAAGUACAUGAAACCUAACUUUACGUCUAGUGGGAAUAAGUUGUACAAAAGUCUUUCCAUGUCAUAGUGGUAUAUUUCAUUAAAACCAUGUCACUUUGCACAGUCAUUUAUGAAUUUGAGAUUGUUAAUAUCCUGAUGUUUUCCACAUGAUUGAUUAAAUGCAUAAUGGAAAUAGAUCUGUUAUUUUAAAACUUGGCCUGUACAUCUGUACAUGUAUAAAACCAUAUUCAUUUUUGUGGUCACUCUGGCACUUUCUGUGAAUUGGCCAAUAAAUUUAAUUUUAGAAUUUCACAUAAAA